GUUGCCAUAGUUACAGCCAGACCUUUGUUUGGAAAAAUAUAAAACCUGGAAGGAAGCGUGAAGACACAAUUAGAAAAAAAGCUUAAAUGUGACCUGAAUUAUUUAGUAGAAAAAUGGGCGACGUCCUCAAAAAUAAGGACGACGUUGGGCAUAUUUUAGUACAGGUGCAGGAUGAUUUAAGACAACUAAAAAAGAAUCUUGUUCGAUUGACUGUGCAAGAGAAUGGAGAAGUUUUGGACAUUCAAGCUUUGGAUGCAGCAAUCAGCAGGACGGAACAUGGAAUAAGGAGGCAUGCAGAAGAUCAUCUGAAAACCAUUAGUAAUCAGUUUUUGACUCUACCCUGUAUUGAAGAGCCUGAAAAGAAGCCUGUCCCCUCCAAGCUUGUUAAAUGGCAGCCACCAUAUGAGACGAUACCAAAUGCACGUGCUCUGAGAUGCCAGAUUCCUGGUCCAUCACCAGGGGAAAAGCACAAGUCAGCAUUUAUCAUGCGUCUGCUAAAUAACCCUUUUCACCCAAAGAACAAGGAGAUUGUGCAACAAAAUUAUGGGAUUCAGCUUCCUCACCUGCACAAGAGAACUGGGGCCAGUGUUGGGACUCAAAGAUUGGUCACUGGCUACACUUCGAGUUUUACUGCAGCACGUGACGGUCUGCCUAAACACCUACACCCCAAACCACCACCCGAAUGUAGAGACAUGAAUGCAGGGCUGCUAUCCUCAGCAGCUGACCUCUCUUCAGUGCAAACCCCAGUACAGCCCAAAGCUGUCCAUGUGCUCCAGAGAGAGGACAGUGGCCAAAAUGAGUCAGAAAGGGCUUCAAAACUGGAGAUGGAUGUGAGCAGAGACGAAAUGGCUCUUGGAAGAUCAGGAACCGAGAGUCCAGCAUUCAGGACCAUACGCACUCCCCCUCCUUCAGCUGCUUCUGCAAGCUCUGACAAUGGAGUACUGAAUCGUGGGAUAGCCCGACUCACCCCACUUAACCUGCAGACUGUCAGAUAUUCCCAACAUCAGCGGCUCAGUCUCAGGGGAUUUGAUGUUCUCCAGAAUACCCAGAUGGGCCGACUGUGUGAUAUCAGAGAUGAGAAUGUCGAGGUCAUCUAUGUGUCUCCAGUGUGCCUGGGCAAGGAUGUUCUCCAGUACUACACUCGCCUGCUGGGCCUGCAGACAGCCAUUGAGCUGGGUGACGCUUCUGCGCCUGAGUCCCACUGUUCCAAACGCUUCACUAUCCUCAUGCCAGAAGCACUGGAGUAUUUUCCAGAGUCAGUGAUGAUCAAGUUCUUAGAGGAGGUUCCUCAUCUUCUGGCUUCAUAUGCACAUCCGGCCAACACAUCCUGCUAUGCCACAUGGACCUGUUUCCUAGAACACUUCCUCAGGGAAGGUGGAGUGAUAGAAGCCUUCCCGCCUUCGGAUAGUGUGACAUGUCUGACGGUGGAUCUUCUGGUGGAGCCAGGGGGAGAUGUUAGCAUGCUGUCCUGUGGAGAUCAACUGCGUGGGCUCAGUGGGUUGGAAGUGGUGGGCUGCACCGUACCUCAGACCUCCAUCUGCCCUGACGUCCUGCACUCCAUUUGCACUCGUGUGGGUCAGGCCUGUCAGCAGCGCUCCAUCAUGGGCCACGUCUCCCUAGAUCUAGUAACUUUCCUGGAUCCCAGCAACCUUGAGCAGCAGGUAUGGGCUAUUGAUCUUGACCUGGGCUACAGUAACCAGUUGGCCAUGACACAGCUGAUGCUCAUGAUGACGAGGGGGACGCUGGACUGCCGCACCAGUAAAUUGGAGGUUCCUCCUCCAGUCAGAGACGUGAAGUCUUCUGUACGCAAUGCUAGAGUAAAAACCAAAGCUCAAACCGCAGUAACCAAUCGCUUUGCAGUGAUGUGCACCCGACUUCUUCACACCAAUCUUUCUUUGGUGUAUUAUAGCACAUUUUUUCUGAUGUGCAAAGCGCAGGGCAUAGGUUAUGAUGUCAAGGCAAGGCAAGGCACUGUGUUCGCCCUCCAUGACAGCAGAGAUCGAAGAAGCCUUGGCAUGCUUUUGGACCUUAUCAAGGACAUUGAGGAAGUCCUGGGCAUGACCAUACAAAACCAAACCACAUCUCAAGAAGAAGAGAUUACUGCAGCCGAAAGCGAACAGUUAUCAUCUCAUAAACCUCACAGAUCAACCCUAAAUUAAUCAACAUGCUUCUAGAGUAUCAUACAAUAGCAUUUACACAUUCAGUUAUAAUUGCUGUUAUCAAACAAUUCUAUAGAUCUUGGUUAUAGCUGUAAAGUGGCUAACAUACAGUAACAUUAAAAGGAGAUACACGCAUGUAUAAAUUUGCUUGAGUGGAUUUCUCCAUGACAUUUUUAGAUCACAUUGUUAUAGUGAUCUAAAAUAUUGGACAUUUAUACCUAGAAAGAUUAACAAUGUGAACAAGAUAAUUACAUUUAAGUUACAUGUGCCAUUCAUGACAUUUAGCUCUUAAUAGCUAGAGAUACAAGAGAGGAAUGUUGCUUAAUCAGUAAACUAUAUAAU